UUUUGCAUAUUGGUUUUGUUUCGACCGUUUCGUAUUUUUUAGGAAAAAAAAAAGAUUUAAGUAUUUUUUUUAAAUUAUUUUUCUUGUAUAUUUUGGGGCGGAUGUGUAUAAACCGAAAUUUACACAAGAUAAAAAUCAUUCUUCGGCGGAUCAAAUUUUUUUCGACCGGAAAUAUAUAGUGGUUUUUCGUACUUCAUAUGUCGAUGCGAAAAAUUUAUUUUCUUCCGCCAUAUUAUGUGUCCCUUUACAAUUCUAAUGAUGCAUUGAUUAUUGUGGAAGAAAAAAUUAACGGAAAGGGUAUUUUGGUCAUAUUUUAUAUUUUUCAUAAAACCCACACAUAUUUAUUUUUAUUUUCAAAAAAAGAAUGGUAUCUAUAAUUUUUUUUCAUUAGUGUUAUAAUUUAUGUGCAGAAUCCCAAAAUGCAGAAGGCAGUGACAAAUUUAGUGGAGGAAUUGAAAGAGAUAAGUGUGUUGAGAAAAGGAAAGGAGAGGGACAAAAAAGUGGAGACAAUUGAAGCAGGUCUUGCUAAGGCUAGAGCGUUAAUUAAAGAUGCGAUUAUUAAGAGUCGCCAUUCACCUCUCCCAAUAUUAGAAGAUCGUGACUACGUUCCUCAAGGAGAAAUCUACUUGAAUUCUUAUGUUUUUCAAAGGAGUUACAUGCUAAUGGAAAACAUGUUCAAAAUAUAUGUGUACGAAGAAGGGGAGCCACCUUUGUUCCACGACGGUCCUUCGAAGGACAUAUACUCGACCGAAGGGAUUUUUCUCGGCUUAAUCGAAUCGAGCAAACGAUUUCGAACGUACGAUCCUAAUCAAGCACAUGUCUAUUUCCUCCCUUUUAGCGUGGUGAUGAUCCUUCACCACUUAUUCGAUCCUGUCGUGCGUGACAAGGCCGUUCUAGAACGUGUUAUCGGCGAUUACGUUCGUAUAGUUUCCACCAAAUAUCCGUAUUGGAAUACGAGUCUUGGCGCUGAUCAUUUCAUGCUCUCGUGCCACGAUUGGGGUCCACGAGCAACAUGGUACGAACAUCACUUAUACUUCACUUCCAUGAGAGUUUUGUGCAACGCAAACACCUCCGAGUUCUUCAACCCUAGAAAAGACAUUUCGUUUCCGGAGAUCAAUCUCAAAGUAGGAAACAUCACCGGACUUACAACAACAUCAUCUUCAAAUCGCACGAUUUUAGCGUUCUUCGCAGGCAAAUCACACGGACUCAUUAGACCGUCUCUCUUCCAACAUUGGAAAGACAAAGACGACGACAUUAAAGUCUUCGAAAAUAUGCCGGAAAAUUAUCCCUUGUCCUAUAAGGAAAUGAUGGAGAGGAGUAAGUUUUGUCUUUGCCCUAGCGGGUACGAGGUGGCGAGUCCUAGGGUUGUGGAGGCUAUAUACGCGGAGUGUGUGCCCGUUUUGAUAUCCGAAGAUUAUGUCUUGCCUUUUAGCGACGUUCUCGAUUGGGACAAGUUCACUGUCCGAGUGUCGGUGAAAGAGUUGGGAGAGUUGAAGACGAUUUUGACGAGAAUAGGGGACGACGACUACGAGGCGUUGCGUGGGAGAGUGAGACAAGUGCAAAGGCAUUUUGUGGUGAAUGAUCCACCUAAGAGAUAUGAUGUGUUUCAUAUGAUGAUUCACUCUCUAUGGUUGAGAAGGUUGAAUCUUAGAAUCAAUGCUUGAAAUUUCAACCAUUCCGUUUUUAUUUUCAUACUUUUUUUAGAUUGAACAACAAAGUUCUAGUACUAACCAAACUAUGCUACUAAUUUUUAUUCAUUUUUACUUAUGAAGUUUUCAUCUAGUAAUUGAUAAUCGAAGAGUAAAAUUCAUUUAAAAUUGAAUAAUACAUAAUUAAUUAGUAGAUUUUUUUUAUUAAGAAAUAUAGUAGAGUUCUUAACCUUUUUAUCCAUUUAUUAUUGGCGCAAAUAUGAAAGCCAUGUCUAUAUUUUUUUAUUAUUUUUU